UGAGGUUAACGUCCGCGUGAUGCUUACUAAUCCACGAGGCCUUCGUUUCCCAACUGAUUUCCAAUUUCUCUCCAAUUCUUGAGGAUGCGAACACACAACUAAUAAGUAGCGCAUCCACUGCAAAACCACCACCACGACCACCACCACCUCCAAACUCUCCAACAAAAACGACGCUGUAACCGUACCGUUUCGGCUCAGUUCCUCGCCAUUUCUCCUUCUCCGUCUCUCGCUUUCUCCUCUCCUGUCCAUGUCCUGUUGCAGAUGGAUGACUUCAUGGAGUUAGAAGGAUAAACAGUUGAAGGCUUAUUGAUUGCAAGUAAAAUAUAUCAAAAUGGCUCCAGUUAGUAAGGCUGAUAAGAAAGCAGCAGUAGAUGCAGCUGCUUGGAUGUUCAAUGUUGUCACUUCUGUGGGGAUUAUCAUUGUCAAUAAGGCCUUAAUGGCUACAUAUGGCUUCAGUUUUGCUACAACAUUAACUGGGUUGCAUUUUGCUACCACAACGUUGAUGACUGCUGUUCUAAGGUGGCUGGGAUACAUCCAGGCUUCACAUCUUCCCCUCUUUGAGCUUCUUAAGUUUGUGCUAUUUGCGAACUUCUCGAUUGUUGGAAUGAAUGUUAGUCUUAUGUGGAACUCAGUUGGAUUUUAUCAGAUUGCAAAACUCAGUAUGAUCCCCGUAUCCUGCUUGUUAGAAGUGAUGUUUGAUAAAAUUCGUUACUCCAGAGACACAAAGUUAAGCAUAGCAGUGGUUCUUGUGGGAGUCAGUGUUUGCACUGUUACUGAUGUGAGUGUAAAUACCAGAGGUUUCAUAGCUGCAUUUGUUGCAGUAUGGAGUACUUCUUUGCAACAAUAUUAUGUACAUUAUCUUCAGCGGAAAUAUUCUCUUAGUUCUUUCAACCUGUUGGGACAUACUGCCCCUGGCCAGGCUGCAUCACUGCUGUUAAUAGGCCCAUUUCUUGAUUACUGGUUGACAAACAAAAGAGUUGAUUCCUAUGGCUAUAACGUGACUUCUGUAAUAUUUAUAAUUCUUUCAUGCACUAUUGCAGUAGGAACCAAUCUCAGCCAAUUCAUCUGCAUUGGCAGAUUUACUGCAGUGUCAUUUCAAGUGCUUGGACACAUGAAGACAAUCCUCGUAUUGAUUAUGGGGUUUUUCUUCUUUGGAAAAGAGGGCCUCAAUCUACAGGUAGUUCUGGGUAUGAUAAUUGCUGUAGUCGGAAUGAUUUGGUAUGGCAAUGCUUCGUCUAAGCCUGGUGGGAAAGAGCGUCGUAGCUAUUCACUCCCAACAAACAGGCAACAGAAACACGGUAGUUUGUCAGAAUCCACUGAGCUUGAUGGAAAAGUCUAGAUUCAUGUAGGAUAAGCAUACGAGGUUAGCUGUGAUUUUCAGAAACUUAUUAGUCAUCUAAGAUUAGAGGGUAGAGAGCAUUUGAUUCAAAUUAUUUUUUCCUGAUUAUGUAAUCCUUAUUCUUGUUUUUUUUUUGUAUUCAAUCUCUUAAAAAAAGGAUAUUUUUUGGGAUGA